AGUCAUGCUCUCGGCAAGCGCAUACAAACAAAAAGAGCUUGAAAAGGCGAGGCAGCAGCAUGAAGAGCUGGUUCGCCAGACGAUAGAGAAAGUUAACGGCCUUGCAAUUGCCCUUAAUGACAACACUGACAACAAUCUCGUUUGGCCAAAGUUUGUAGAAAUGUAUAAUGAACUACAAACCUUGCGAGAAAUACAAAGUCCACAUUUUAAAUUAAUCAACUCCAGUCACGCCUCGAAGCCUGCUGGCGACAGUGCGUCUGGUACUACAUUGGAAAAUCUAGUUCGAUGGCUUAAAAAGAAUGGUGCGAAAAUUGACGAUUCGGUAGCCCAGCUUUCUAGUGAAACCGAUGAUGCUUCGCGCCAUUCUACGCAUCAGAAGUUAUCUUCCAAGGAAUCCCUUAUUUCUAUCUUUCCCGCUUCGCUCAUCGAGGGAAAUGGCGUUUUUGUCAAUCGACCCGUUAAUGCCGGCGAGCUUUUGAUUCAAGUACCUCGAAGUUUGAUGAUGACGAUAGAAUUGAUUCAAAAAUAUCCUCAAUUAAAGCCAAUUACUCAGGAUGGUCUCAUAUCUCAAAUUCCGAGUAUUCAACUAGCCGUUCUACUCAUCUACGAAAAAUACCUGGGUCAUAGUUUUUGGGAACCGUACAUUGCAUCUUUACCUAAAAAAUAUUCAACUAUUUAUUAUUGGUCUCUGGAACAAAUUAGAAAAACAAAAGGAAGCUUUCUCUUUGAACAAGCUAUCUCCGUCUUCUGUACAACCGUGAAGGCUUAUUACGAAACGCUUAUGACUAUUUUGACGCAUGAUAUUAUGCCUAAGAAUUUCUACACUUACGACACUUUUAUCUGGGCUUUGUCUGCUGUUUAUAGCAGGCAGACUUUUAUAGCAAAAUCCUCCAAAUGCUCGCCAAACCCUGGUUAUGAUUCGAACGAGCGCACCACCUUAGCUCUCGUACCCGGCUAUGACAUGUUCAAUCAUGCAUAUGGAAAAAAUACGUCUAAUUAUGACUCAGAGGCCGAUGCGCUGCAACUCUUCGCUAUGAAAAAUUUUGAAAGAGGGGAACAAGCCUACAUGUACUAUGGACCUCGCUCGAAUUCUGAACUUCUUCUUUAUCAGGGCUUUGUUGACUGUGAAAAUCCUCAUGACUACACUCUUUUCUAUACUUCCAUUCCUGAAACUGAUCCCUUAUUUGAAAAAAAGCAGCAACUUUUGAAGCAGCUGUCAUUUGAAUUCAAUCAUGAUGGUUCCAUUACUCUACCUCUAUUUGCUCACACUCUGGCCCCCUCUAGCUUACUCUUCUUUAGAGUCAUGGUUUGCAAUGACGAGUCUCUUCUUACUCUGGACACUUUAUCCCAAUCACUUGACACAAAAACAACUUUUUUGCCAAAGGACAGCGAAAAACUGGCUUUGAAAAUGCUUUCGCUAAAAUGUCAGCAACUACUAAAUAAUGCACCCAAGUGCUGCGAAAAUGUUCCAGACUUGAAGAAGGUCAAGAAAGUAGACCCAAUCGAAUAUGCAUUAACGCUGUUUUUUAUAACACAAAAAAAAAUUAUUGAAAGUUCGUUAACGCUUAGUUUAAAUGCUUCGGAUGCAUGCUGAGCCAGACAACUCUGGAAGGAGUAGAGACCUCAGAGAUAGUGAUUCGUAAUAUAUUCGGUGAUCAGCCAUGCUCGUUAUUCUAACAAAAUUUUAUGUAAAAGAAAUACAUUUGUACGGUUUUAACGUGAAUGGCGUUCAGAAGCCUUUGACGAACGUUAAAAUUUUUUUCUGGGUUUUGAUAAUUACUUGAUUGCUUCAUUUUUCAUGUAAUUAGAGUACGUUGACGCUACGGAUCAUGGAUACAGUAGACUCAAGUUACGAUACAGGUAGUUCAUUUGAAUACAAAUUCCUGUUGAUGUUGGUCUUGUUCUUAAUCGCGUUCAUUGGUAGUCUGGUCCCCUUCGUCUAUCGUUCUAAUACGUCCUUAAUUAGCAAGUUUGGUAAUUGCUUCUCAGGUGGAAUCUUCUUAUCAACAGCUUUCCUUCAUUUACUUCCUGAAACCAUAGAAAGUUUUCGUUCGUUGGACAGUCACGUCCACUUUCCCAUAUCAUCCCUGUUGAUCAUGGCUGGCAUAAUUUUACCCUUUUUCAUUGAGCAAGUUAUGCUCCAAUCCUGUUCUUAUUGUUCACCCUUUGACGAUGGACCAAAGAAUGAGCAACAAGACACCUCUACUAAACUAAGAGCAUAUCUUUUAUCUUUAGCACUGGUAAUGCACUCAUUUUUAGAAGGUGCUGCACUGGGGAUCGAGAAAAAUUAUCGUGAUGUCAAUACUAUUUUCAUCGCGAUUGCUUCACACAAGUUCUUCUCUGGGUUUGCCUUGGGGAUGAGUCUUGUGAUCUCUAACUUAGCAACUAGAUGGAUUUUGCACUCCCUCCUGGGAUUUUCAAUUUCUACC